CCCCUGUCCUUUCUCGUUCCUUUUCACCGCCAUCUUGAUCGAGUCGAGAUGCCGCAAGUCGUUUGUUCGAAAACCUACACAACUCCGAGGCGGCCCUUCGAGAAAGAGCGCCUCAACCAGGAGUUGAAGAUCAUCGGAGAGUAUGGCCUCAGAAAUAAGCGUGAAGUUUGGCGCGUGAAGCUGACGUUGGCGAAAAUUCGUAAGGCCGCCAGAGAGCUGUUGACUCUGGAAGAGAAAGACCCUCGUAGACUCUUCGAGGGAAACGCUCUUCUCAGGCGAUUGGUCCGUAUUGGGGUGUUGGAUGAGAGCAGAAUGAAGCUCGAUUACGUGUUGGGUCUUCGCAUUGAAGAUUUCUUGGAGAGGAGGCUCCAAACGCAAGUUUUUAAGCUCGGUUUGGCCAAGUCCAUCCAUCACGCUAGAGUCCUCAUUAGGCAGCGACACAUCCGUGUGCGUAAGCAGUUGGUGAAUGUGCCAUCUUUCGUGGUGCGUCUUGACUCCCAGAAGCACAUUGACUUCUCCCUGAACUCCCCCUAUGGCGGAGGCCGCCCUGGUCGUGUCAAGAGAAAGAACAUGAAGAAGGGACAGGGUGGAUCAGGCGGCGAGGACGAGGAUGAGGAUUAGGUCAAAUGCUGUAACCACUCCUCUAUAUGGAAGAAAUAAAGAAUUUCAAUUGAAAA